CUCUGCAGGCCUCGCUGCUCUGCGCGCAACAGCAACGCCGCGCCGCGGCCCCGAUCAGGAAGUGAAUUUGAAGAAAAUAAGCGACUGUGGAGGUAGAAUGACAUAGAGGGGGAGAGGUGGGAGAGAAGCAAGCGGAGAAAGAAGAGACUAUCGGAGGGAGGGAUCGACCCUGUUUCUGGACCCGUAUUGAGCCGCUUCCCUCUGGGAUACACCGCACCGCCAAAAAAUGCUCAUAAAGGAAUUUCGAGUGAUUCUUCCUAUCUCUGUGGAAGAGUACCAGGUCGGCCAGCUGUACUCUGUGGCUGAGGCCAGUAAGAAUGAGACAGGUGGAGGAGAAGGAGUGGAGGUGCUAAAAAAUGAGCCCUACGAGAAAGAGGGAGAGAAGGGACAGUACACACACAAAAUCUAUCAUUUGCAGAGUAAAGUGCCGUCAUUCGUCCGAAUGUUGGCUCCAUCUUCAGCUCUCAACAUCCACGAGAAAGCCUGGAAUGCAUACCCAUACUGUCGCACAGUUAUCACUAACGAGUAUAUGAAAGAUAACUUCCUGAUCAAGAUUGAGACAUGGCACAAACCUGACACGGGACACCUUGAAAAUGUACAUGGUUUGGAUGCAGAAACCUGGAAGAAGGUGGAUGUAGUCUAUAUCGAUAUUGCGGACAGAAGCCAAGUGGAGCCGAAGGACUACAAGGCAGAGGAGGAUCCUUGCAGGUACAAGUCAGUGAAGACAGGACGAGGCCCUUUAGGACCAGACUGGAAGAAGGAGCUUCCUAACAAGAAAGACUGCCCACACAUGUGUGCCUACAAACUGGUCACUGUCAAAUUCAAGUGGUGGGGCCUGCAAAAUAAAGUGGAGAACUUCAUUCAAAAGCAAGAGAAGCGUUUGUUCACUAAUUUCCACCGUCAGCUGUUCUGCUGGAUCGACAAGUGGAUUGACUUGAACAUGGAAGACAUUCGUCGCAUGGAGGAGGAGACACGCAAGGAGCUAGAUGAGAUGAGAGUGAAGGACCCAGUGAAAGGGAUGGUGGCUCUAGAGGACUGAGGUUGUGUUGAACCGUGAAUGCUGCUGCUCAUCAGACCAGAGUACCCAGACACCAGCGGAUUCACAUCCUCCCUCUAUUUCCAACUGACACAACGUCUGACCGGCCGGUCCACCCCAACCCCCUUACCCCCCACCCCACCCCCGGUACAGUCUGGUUUUCAGGGACCUGGACCCAGUAAACUUCCAGUUUUCAGCUGAUCUCCUCCGCUACAUCCCACCUCCCUUGAGUCCCAUCCAUCUCUAUUUGUUUUUCCAUCCAGUGUCCCCAUCUUACUGCUCUGAGGCCUCCAGUAGCAACACUAUAGAUCUUGUCAGUCAGCCCUCUCAGUCUCUAAACCGUUCUAAACUACAGAGAAUAGUGUCAUUUGUCUCUGCAAUUUAGGAUUUAUUUCUAUUUAAGAUAUCCCAAUGGUGUAUAUAUACAGUAUACCGUAUAUCGGGGAGCUGAAUAAUUCUAUUGAAAUAUAUAUAAAUAUAUAUAUAUAUAAAUAUAUAUAAACAGGGUUUUUAAAAUGAUUUUGUCUGUAAGUUUGUCUUUGGAUGUUUAUUUUUUCCAGACCAAGCUGUAUCUGCUCAGUGUUGAGUUUUGAUUCUGUAAUUUUUAUUUUAUUUUAUUUUUUGGAUUUGUCAUAGUACUUCCUUCUCUCCAUUUGUGUCAUGCUUUAUGCAGUGUUUCCUUUUGUUGUUCAAAUCAAUUUGCAAGUCUACAAACUGCAGCUGUGAGGUUGGGAUUGUGCUGAGAGUGUUAUGUUGUCUCUGCUAUACUCCUGGCCUACCAGAUAGGAUUUUUGCCCAGUAUCUCCCUUAGUAUGUUGAGGCAUUUAUUGGCGUUUUUGCUUCUUUGUGUGUGCGCGCUUUUGUUUGUGUGUGUAUAUGUGUGUGUGUUUCUGUAGCGCUGUAAGGUUUACCGCCAUUUUUUUUUCUUUCACCAGGUCAUUUCUAGCUCUUCAGUUUCAUCAAGUUGUUCAAACAGAUCGUUUGAAAGUCAAUUUAAACACACGCACACAUAUGCACAGACAGAGAUAGUAUACAAGGAUACAAGUAUAAUCACUCUGCAAAGGGAAAUGCACAGUAGACGAGCCAUAAAUGAGUAUCUGUUUUUCUUUUUGUCUGGCAGUCUUUCAGUCGACAGACAUCACAUCCUUUUUAACUGCAAAAUUCAUUAUCAUGAUGGUGAUUUUACCAUUAGCAGCCAUCAUGGAUAUACAGCUCUUUACGCUUGCUGUAGAUAGAUAAAUGGGUUUUUGAAAGUAAAACUUUACCCGAUCUGCAUCAAUUCUUGCACCCAUCCUGUCACCUCCAGUGGAUAAAUGGUCUUAUCCAGCGAUAGCAAUAACUACCAUGACACCUUGGUCUCUUCUUUUUCAUCGCAAAUCUAUCUUACUUUACUGUUUGUUCCUAUCCUAAAACUGUUUUAGUAUAGCAGAGCCCGAGCUGAAAGUCAAGGAUGGUUAAGAUGUUGACAAAUUAUUUAUUAAAUGCUGGUUUUGUUGUGCUUGUCUCUGGAUGAGGCGGGUUUUCUCCCGCUGGAAUCUGAGGCCUGUUGCGGUAAUCGUGUGGUUUUUCGGUAUAUGCAUGAGUGUACAUGAGUGAUGUACAGUAACGUGUCUUUGAAGAGAUCUGAUGCUGGCUGGGUAAAGAAGGGAGGAAGUAAUGGAGCUAGAGGAGUGAUAACAGCAGGCACUAACCUUCUUCCUCUUGUUGAUGUCUGUUUGGCCUCCUUUGUCCUCAGUUACUUUUAUAAUGUUCGUUUUCAUCCUCUGUUUACUUUCCUCCCACAACUUUUAACUGUGUGGAAACUUUAAAGAGCAAGCAACAGAUAAUGCCAAAAGGCCAACAUAAUAAUACUUAUUUAUGUCGCCCGCCUUUAAUAAAUACAUUUGAAUCAUUAAAAAAAAGUGUCUAAAACUGGCUAAAAAACUGCUGUCAGCACAAGCAGAUAAAAAUAUAACAAAAUUUAGAUCAUUACAAAAGCAUGAUAAUACACACUUGUGUGUAAUCUGAUUGAACAGUAAGUGUAUCGGUCCCACUAAAGGGCUGGCCAUUGGCAAUUAUUAAACUAAAACUGCAUCAAGUGCAGUUUUUAAUAAAACGUCUGUAUCAGCCUAAUAUUUAAACAACUUUAUUUUUUUACAUUUCAAUGGUCUGACUCUCGUAUCUAUCUAACCUGUGACAUGACAGAACAGAGCAAUACUAUUAAUCAAAUAAAUUCUUAUUAUAUCUUAUUCUAUUUGUCGUAGUUCCCCAUAACCCCAAGUUGCUCAUAUAGUUAGGGUGAAAUGUAUUUUUAUGGUGCAGCAUUGACACCAGUCUUCCAGGGCCUUUGUCAUCAACUUGACAAAAUGCAGACGUUUUCGAGAAGAUUUCCAAUAGUUGGUAUUCAUGUGAUGGAGAAUUUAAAUGACUUCACACACCAUUUGACAGGAUCGUACUAGAGUAGUGUCAUUAGUCUAUCCAUUUAUGUGUUCUGUCUUAAGCCCAAGCACAGUAGCCAAUAUAUCCGAAUUUCCUUUAUUGGCCAUAAGGAUACUAAGGCUUAAAACAGGCAUUAACAACUGCUCAGGGCAUUAUUGGCAACUGUUAAAGUGUAAUAGUUUAGACAUGCUUUGGAGAAACAUCUGAAAACUACUCUUUUUUUCCACCUUUUGACACUUUUUUAUGUCCUAAAUCUGAAUGUCAGAUAAAGUUUAUAAACCAAUCACUGCGAGCCAGUUUCUGUUGCCUCCUCUUUAAAGAAAACACUGGUCCUGGAUGUCCAACUCUUCCACACCUCUGUGUCCAUCAAGCAUCUCACUCGCCGUCUGUGAUGGGGCUACCAACUGAAUCAUGGAGAUUUGUGGAUGUACUGUAUGUAUCGACUUUGUAAAUAGUAAAUAAAUAAAUGUAGAUGAACACAUAUAUAUAGAUCAGACUGUCCUGCCAAACCUACAGCACACCCCUUACCACUUGAUCCUCUUAUUCCAUCGCUAAAUAUUCAGCAUCACACAGACCGCAGUGACCAAGUUGCUCUCCCAGAGGUAUUAUUGUGGGAAAAUAUAGAGUUAUAGUGGCUGUAAUUUAGUGCUGAUAAGGCAUUUUGAGGAAUAUUAUCAGCCCUAGAUAUAUAAAAAACGCAUUCCUACAUGUCAAAGAUGAUGUUGCUGCAUAUUUUAGGAUGCUCCAGCAAAAGUGAGGAGCUGAGUUGCUGUGUGGUUUGUAUUUGGAGGAGAAAAAAAUGAAAAGCGAAGCAAAAACAAUGUCCACAACUUCCUCUCCUCACGGUCUUCCCUCACAGGGACCACGUCUCAUUGGCAGGACAGUGUAUAGAUAUAUAUUUUUGUUCUGAGUGUUGUUGUACCUCUGUUGUCAGUCUCUGAACUACACUCGCGUCUCUCACUGAAAAGGAACAUAUAACGGCAGCUUGGAUCAGUUCGGUGAUCCACAUAAUUAGCUGAUGGUGUCAGCCCUAAGUGGAGCCUCUGUGUAAGUAAGAUUUUUGCCCUCCCGUCGUUAGCGAUGGGAAUCGAGGGGAAAUUAUUCCACAUUUAGGAGCAGCUUCAACCGGGUGCUGGAGGGUUGGAGUUCACAGCUGCACAGAAAAAAAAAGCAAAGACAAUUAGAUGUGGUUGUUUGAAAACAGAUACAGACAGUAGGUCCAUUUUAAGAGCCUGGAGAUACCAUACAAACUUGUGAGAGAACAUGGUUUAACAGAGACAAUCUCAUAGAUAUCUGUUGUUAGAUUCUUCGAUUUAUAAUCAGAAUAUGAAACCAAAUGAUUCCACAACCCCAAACUGUUUUUAAAUCUUUAAAUAUCUCUCUCUCUCUCUCUCUCUCUCUCUCUCUCUCUCUCUCUCUCUCUCUCUCUCUCUCUCUCUCCCUGUUAACUUGUCUCCUGUUUUUCUUUCUUUUAUUGUGAAUUUGUGCCUUUUUGUCAUCUUAUCUUCCAAUAACACUACUGUACAUUGGAGACGUAAAGAAAUGAAUAAAAAGAAGCAAAGCAACUGUA